UGGUCUGCUUCAGCUGCAGUUUACAUUCCAAUUAUGAAGGAGUUCGACGAUUUUAACUUUAGCGUUGAGAAGUAUACCAAAGACCUGACGCGAGAAUGCGUGGGUGGCAGCGACUUGCAGCAGCGAAAGAAGGAAAUCGAGGCCUACAAUGAAACUACGGCCGCGACUCUCAAACAAACAUGCAAAAAAAACUAUAUGGAAUUUAUACAGACGGCCAAGGAGAUAUCACAUCUCGAGUCGGAAAUGUACCAACUGUCGCACAUUCUGAUCGAACAGCGUAACAUUUUGGCCACCAUGACGGAUGGAAAGACCUCAAGUCGUCUGAAAGCGGAGAGUUUGGAAGUCGAGAGCUCUACGGCGGUAGAGGAUGUGGAAAACAGCCAUGCUACGCGGGCCGUCAAGGAAAUGGUGCAGGGUUUUAAUGGCAAUCUCGAGGGCAAGACCUUUCUCAACGAGGGAGCCCUAAUCGAAUUGGAUGCCAACGAUUAUCGGCCCAUCCAGAGGGUUUUCUUUUUCCUGUUCAAUGAUGUGCUAAUCGUCUGCAAAGUGAAGCAUGAUAAGCGCUUGGACUUUCUCACCGAGUACGAUCCCAAGAAAAUAGCUGUCAUUAACAUCAAGGAUUUGGAUGGCGUCAAAAAUGCCAUUAAUAUUAUCACACCAGAUGGGUCCAAGAUUUACCAAAGCAUUACGGCAGCAGGGAAGACGGAGUGGAUUGAAAAACUCGAAGAAGCCUUUCGGUUCGAUCAGCAAAAGAAGCCCAAGAAGGGACAGGCUCCGCAGCCCCCAACUAGAGUCAAACAGCAGUCGAAAGCUUCCACCCCGGAGAAGGAAACAACUCCUCAGAGUCCCGGAGAGCCAAAGUCUCUAGAGGAUCAGACACCCGAGUGGCUAAGCACGGCCAGUGAGGAGAUCCAAACCCUGGUGGCGCAGCGGCACUUUGAGGAUGCCCAGGAGCUGAUCAAGCGCACCCAGGACUUCAUGCGCAACGAAAACAGGAAGAAGAUUCCACUGGCGGACGUCAUUGAGAACAAGGUGAAGCAACAGGAGCUGAAGCUCAUAAAUGUCCUGCUGAAGGAGCUGUCCAACAGUCACAAUCGUAAUCUGCAAAUCGCUCUGAGAGCUGCCAAGCGUCCGCUGAAGAUCCUCGUCGAAAUGGGUCGCUACCGGCAGGCGAGUGCCACUCUGUUGAAGGUCUGCGCAGUCAGUUUAAGGGUGGCGCAAAGGGAGGCCCGCAGGAACAAUGCGGAUAUCUCGGAGCUGUUCUUCUGUGAUCUUACGCAGGUGGCCUGCGAUUUCCUCACCGCCUUCGAGCAGCAACCGGCAUGCGUGAGUGCUCUAGUGGUGUGGUGCAAUGCUGAACUGCAAUAUUUCGCCAGCCAGUUGAUCAAACACUACCUGACCAAAGGCACCUCUCUGGAGACAGUAGCCAAGUGCGUGGAGCGAGUCCGCAAGCCCUCGACGAAGCUCACGGAGAUUGGUCUGGACAUUAGCUACCAUUUGGAGGGAUUGCUGCGCACCACGCUCGAGUCGCUGAUCGAGGAGUCCAAGGAGAGAUUGCUGGAUUCUGUGGGACGCACUGAGGAGAGCUGGCAGCCAUACAACCUGCAGACCAAGUCGAAUCUGAAGCGACUGCUCCUGGAGCUGGACGUCUUGGGCAUCGAUGUGCGGGCGCAGGCCACUGGCGACACUUGGAUGAACCUUACCCAGUCGACGGUGGUCUUCAUUCGGCACUUUCUGCAGCUCACCGAGCACUGUGGCUGCCUAGCCAAGUGCGAAACCCUGCUGCAGAGUCUGGAACUGCUGCUCAAGGAGCUGUUUGUUGCCCAGCACUCUUUAAAACCGCCCAGCGAUAUGGCCGUGAAUCCCAACUUUGUAAUGAAGAACAAGAUAUUUUUGGUGGACAAUCUGCUGCCCAUUGCCAUUGAAAAGUUCCGGCAGAUCUCUGGCCGUCAAUGCGAAGGAUUGCGGGAGCUGCACACGAAAAUGUCCCGCCAGCAAGGUGCUCCUUUGCCGCGCCAGCGAAGCGUCUACACCACUGAUGUGUUUUAAUAGCUAUUGGCCUGGAGAUUUACUUUCGAUUACAUAUAAUUUUUUAUUUUUUCGUUUUGCUUCAAUUAUUUAUAAUAUAAUUAUAUACAUAUAUAACCACAAUAAUAAUAAUAUUUGUAAAAUUAAAAAUCGAAGCGUGUGCUGCACUCUA